AUGUCGGCCCUUGAGGCGCGCGAACUCAAGCAGCAGGGGGCCAUCGAGGCUGCCCAAGAUCCCCAGAGCCUGGUUUCGGCUGAGGAUGCCGAAAGGGUUCUGGUCGAGCAGGCCAAGAGCGCCGGUGUUCCUGGCUUUUCCUUUGAUCCCAACGCCACUAUAGAAGAAAAGCGCGCUCAGGUUGCUGCUGCCAUCCCUCCCGGACUUCACCAUAUUAGACAAAACAAAGCCACGGCGAUCGUAACCGACGUCGAUGACGGUACUGGCCCAGACGAAGAGCUCCCGGAACCGACUAAAGCGGGUGCCCUCGACGUGGGCAAAGAUGAACAACACAAACUGGCCAAUGGAACUUUGGAGCCUGUGGAAGAAGAAUUCUCGCGAACUGGCUGGGCUCCUCGAAUUGGAUGGCCUGCCGAUAGCACACUCGCUGGCGAAAGUCUGCUCGACCACACCACAUGGGUGGAUAGCCAACUGCCGGAUCAUCUAUACGGAGAUUGGUACCACAACACUGGCGUCAUCAUUUUUGCCUGCAUUGCUUCAUGGCUGGUGGCAGUUUUCGGCGGCGGCCUCGGUUGGGUCAUUAUGGUCAUGGCAAUCUGCGGUACCUACUACAGGACUUCUCUGAGACGAGUGCGCCGAAACUUUCGCGAUGACAUCACCCGAGAGCUUGCCCUCAAGAAGCUAGAGACUGACCACGAGUCUCUCGAAUGGAUAAACUCCUUCUUGGUCAAGUUCUGGCCCAUCUACCAGCCUGUCCUCGCUCAGACCAUUAUCAACUCCGUCGAUCAAGUGCUAAGCUCCGCAACGCCUGCCUUUCUUGACAGUUUGAAGCUCAAGACGUUUACAUUGGGUACCAAGCCUCCUCGAAUGGAACACGUGAAAACGUACCCCAAUGUGGGAGACGACAUUGUCCGAAUGGACUGGAAGUUCAGUUUCACGCCUAAUGAUACUGCCGACAUGACUGCGCGACAGGUCAAGAAUAAAAUCAACCCCAAAGUCGUGCUGGAAAUCCGAGUCGGAAAAGCCAUGAUCAGCAAAGGCCUCGACGUCAUCGUAGAGGAUAUGUCUUUUUCCGGCAUUAUGCGAAUCAACAUGAAGCUGCAGAUUCCCUUCCCCCACAUUGAAAAGAUUGAAAUGUGUUUCUUGGAGAAGCCAACUAUUGACUAUGUUUGCAAACCUCUCGGUGGUGAAAGCUUCGGCUUUGACAUCAACUUCAUCCCUGGUUUGGAGAAAUUCAUUUUGGAACAGAUCCAUGGCAAUUUGGCGCCCAUGAUGUACGCUCCUCAUGUCUUCCCCAUCGAGGUCGCCAAGAUGCUGGCUGGGUCGCCAGUCGACCAGGCUGUCGGCGUGCUCGUCGUGACUCUCCACGGGGCAUACAAUCUCAAGAACACUGACAACUUUGCGGGCACUGUUGAUCCCUAUGCGAUUCUCACUCUUAAUGGCCGCCAAGAGCUUGCACGAACCAAAGUUGUCGAUGACAACGCCAACCCCAGAUGGAACGAAACACAUUACAUCAUCGUCACAUCCUUCACCGACACUCUCAAUAUCCAGGUCUUUGACAAGAACGGCUUCCGCAAAUCCAAAGAACUGGGCAUGGCUACCUUUCCUUUGGAGAGAAUUGAGGAUCUUCACGUGUACGAGAAUGAGCGUCUCGAGGUUCUUGGUGGCGGCAAGAGCCGUGGUGUCGUCUCUUGCGACCUCCGCUUCUUCCCCGUCCUUGAAGGUCCGAUUGGCGAAGAUGGCAAAAAGGGGCCUCCGCCGGUUUCCAAUCAAGGUAUUCUGCGCUUUACUGUCGAGCAGGCCAAAGACCUGGAUGGCACCAAGAGUCUUGUUGGCCUCUUGAAUCCCUAUGCCGUCAUGUUCCUCAAUGGCAAAGUUAUCCAUCAGACAAAGAAACUCAAGCGAACCAAUAACCCCAUCUGGGAUAAUGGAUCCAAGGAAAUUCUUAUUACGGAUCGCAAGAAGGCUAAACUCGGUCUCACUAUCAAGGACGAACGAGAUCUGUCCUCUGAUUUGACACUCGGCAAGUACCAGAUCAAGCUCGAUGAUUUAUUGGAUUGCAUGGAACAGGGCAAAGAGUGGUAUGAGCUCUCAGGAGCCCAAACUGGCCGAGUGAAGAUGAUGGCCCAAUGGAGGCCAGUGGCUAUUUCAGGUGUUGCUGGCACCGGCGGCUACAUGACUCCGAUUGGUGUUAUGAGACUCCAUUUCAGGAAGGCGAAUGAUCUCCGCAACUACGAGGCUUUUGGCAAAUCUGAUCCAUAUGUUCGAGUGCUUCUUUCUGGUAUUGACAAAGGACGAACGGUAACUUUCAAAAAUGACUUGAAUCCCGAAUGGGACGAGGUUCUCUAUGUGCCGGUUCAUUCUGCACGAGAAACGCUCACUCUCGAGGUCAUGGACGAAGAAAAGCUUGGAAAAGAUCGCUCCCUCGGACUGUGCGAAAUUUCUACCGCUGAUUUUGUUCAGCAGGAUGAAAUUGGCGAGUAUCUCAUCAAUGACACAAAGCGCGUUUUCCAAAGCGACCUUCGCAUGCACGGAAAGGGCAUGCCCAAGGGUACGAUAACUUACACGGCUUCGUUCUUCCCUUGCCUCAACGUCGCCGACCCUGAGGAGGAGGCAGAGGAGGAGGCAGAGGAGGCCAGGGCCGCAAGCGAAGAGCCCAAAACUCCCUCCGACAGACCACUUAGCUCCGCAUCCAAAGCUCCAUCCCGGCAGUCUCUCGAUGUAUCUAGAAAGUCAGUUGACGUUUCCAGGAAAUCGGUGGAUACAGGCAAACUAAGCCCCAGCUUUGGUGAAGAUGGCCGGCCUAUAUCACCAUCGUCUAUGAGGUCGUCGUUAUCGGAAGAGAAGAAGGGUCCGCCCAAGAUCCAUCUGAGCCCUGAGGAGCUUCUCAAGUACGAGAGUGGUAUUCUCAUCUUCAGGCUCAUGGAAACAGAGAUGCCCGAGAGGGACAGCCACUUGGAAAUAUUUGUGGACGAUAUGGCCUACCCAUCUUACACGUCUUCAACGGUGCCAUCAAAGGCGCAUAAAUUCGAUGAGAUUGGCGACUGUGUUAUCCGAGAACUUGACUUUUCUCGCUUAACACUCAAGGCGCGAAAGAAGGGCGAUGAUGUUGACGAUACGUUGGCGUACUUGGCCGGUAAUACGAUGGAGACGCUGAAGCAAUGUUUGAACAACCCCACAACAUUGAAGUUCAAGAGCGACGACGGUAGGACUAGCUGGGUCAAAGUCAGCCUCAAGUAUAUUCCCCUCAAAAUGGAUCUCGAUCCAAGUGAGAGUAUCAACAACAUGGGCAAUCUCCGUGUAGAUGUGUUGAGCGGCCACGACUUGCCUUCAGCGGACAGGAACGGAAAGAGCGAUCCUUACUGCAAAUUUGAACUCAACGACGUGGAAGUAUACAAGACAAAGGUGCAGAAAAAGACGUUGUCGCCCGUUUGGAAUGAAUUCUUUGAGGUAACUGUGCCAUCGAGGACGGGAGCCAAAUUCAUCUGCAACGUCUACGAUUACGAUUUUGCCGACAAACCCGAUUUCUUGGGCGCCACUGUCAUUAGACUUGACACUAUGGAGCCCUUCAAGGCGAUGGAGCAGAGCUACCCGCUAGAUGGCAAGUCAGGAAGCAUCAAGCUUAGAAUGGUAUUCCGGCCUGAUUACGUCACACGAUCCAGACAGGGAACGUCCACGUUCCAGGGCACCUUUGGCGGAGGUUCGCGCAUUGUCACCGGAGUAGCUGGCGUGCCAUUCAAGGGAGCCACCGCCGUGGGCCACGGCGUGGGCAGAGGCGCUUCUUUCCUGAAGCGCGGUAUCCUUGGUAAGAAGGAUCGAGAGAACUCGAAUGGUUCGCUGUCAGAGCUCGCGGAGGCGCCAACGCUGCCGGGUGUGCCCAGCAUCAUUACGAAUGGCAGCGAUUUCCCUGCCAGCAACAACAGCUCCAGGCCAACAACUAGCGCUGUCGACGGUUCCAAGGACUACCCUCCGCAUUUGAUGCCGGAGGGCGGCUCAGGUCAUAAUAGGACUAGGAGCUUUGGCAGUUCUUCCGUUCAUAGUGCCGUCGGUGUCGGCGCACCAACCGGCACGGGUUCAAUUACUGUUGUUGGGGCUUCGGGAUAUCCUCAUUCGACAGAUUUGUAUAUCAGCAUUACGCAAAUCGCCCCCAAGGAAAAGCUUGUUGGUAAGACGAAGCAUCACAAGUCAUCCUCAGGAGAGUGGAACUUUGAUGAGACGUUCAAAAUCAGCUGCUCCCCAGAAGCACAAUUCAAGAUUGAGGCCAAGGGCGAGCAUACGUUUAGCAGUGAUGAUGUCUUGGGCGAGUUUUUCUACUUUAUAGAUGAAACGAAUUCACCAACGCCAAAGGAGGUCACCGUCGGCGGUGGCUUCGUGACUAUCAAGAGCUCGUUUCAGCCUGCAGAAGACAAAUAUCCCGACAGCCCCAAAUCGUUUUCGCGACAUAAGUUCUUGAGCAAGCGAGAGCCGCGGAGUCGAGAAUCGACACCAAACCCUUGA